CAAGUGAAGGAAAAAUUUUCGGGUUAUGUUUGUUUUGUCGUUGUAACGAUAUUGUUGAAAUUUGUCGCAUUUGGUGGAAGAUACCGUAUUAAUAUAACUGCUUAGUUAUACAAGAUACAGUAAUUGAUUUAAAGAAAGAACUGGAUUAAGAGCAGCAAGUUGAUUCUUAUGUAAUCAGAAAUGGACUCUGAGAAGAAUAAACAGUCAACAUCCCUUUUUUAAAAAUUAGUUUUGACUUCAGAUUGAAUAAAAGAGCAAUAUUGUUUGUGCUAAGCAACACAGUGAAAAUAACCAGGAAACCUAAGGUGCCUACUUAUUGUUUUUUGUGAAUAAAAUCAAUGGCACAUUUAUCAAUUAACUUUAAUUAUGCGCCAGAUAAUGUUAUUGGUACUAUUGCUUCAUAUCUGUCAUUACGUGAAAUGACUGACUUAAUGAAAAUUCACCAACGUUUUCGAAUUGUUUGUCAGCUAGACAGUAGUCUUUGGAGAAGUCAUUUGUUGUAUCCAGAGAAAUAUUAUUUGUGUGAUUGUAAUGACCAGUCAAAUCAUCCUAGGAUUGAAUAUAUUGUGGAUAGAAUUUUACAGGAAAUCAUUUCAAAAGGAUAUGGCUAUUUCAAACUUCAAAACUGUCAUGUAGAGAACUUACUAAAUGAUCGUAUUCAAGUUUUCAACACAAUACAGGCCAGUGAUCUUCAAGUUGAGUCACUCAGGUCUGUUUCACAUAUGGCAGAAGCUGUUCACAACUCUGGCGAGCACUGGAUGUUUUUUUGUUUAGAGACCAGCAUCGUCGUAUGGGACAUGACAAGCUUGCCCGAAAUGCCCCAUCAUCAUCAAGUCUUUGACAUUGGUGCUUACUCUGGUAUAAAGAUUUUCCCUGGAGGAAUGUUGGUUGACGAUUGUUCCUCCAGAGUAAAUAAUGGACUAAGAGCUGUUUACCAUUUUAAUCAACAACCACUGAGUUUGGAUUUUCGAUUUAAAUUUGUUUACUGCAUGGACACGCCUUUAGCUCUUAAUAUUCAACCACCAGAAGAAUUUACUUUCGGAUUUUGUGAGAUACUAUUGGAAGAUUUAUACAUUGCUUGCGAUACCACAGUUCAUCCCCAGUUAAAAUGUGUGCUUCACGUGUGGGAUUUGUCCUCAAGCAAAAAACUUGCCAGAAUCAAUCUGGCCAAUUAUACAGAAGUUAGUGAACAAUUUGUGUCUUUUAUAACGUCAAACGGUGGAGGGCAAUGUGAUCUUGGGCGUGCUUGUACGAUGAACGUAUACCCAGGAGAGUUUCCCUUUGUCAUAGUAGUUUUAAAGUGUACAUUUAAUCAAGAAAGACUGAGUCAGAUUAACAUUUUAGACAUGACAACCGGUAGGUUAACUCACUCAGUUGUCCAGAUACGUAACGAUGUGUUGGUCUGUUCGAUGUAUUCAAAUAAAAUUUGUGUCGAAGAAAGAACGAGAGUUGAAUCAUUUGCUUCUGUGUACUCCUUACAUACAAAUAAUGGAGUUCCUGAACAGCUGAUUUCUCUGAGCUGCCCUGCCAGUAAGAAUCCUCGCCACAAUGAGAACAUCCUUUUUAAGAAGAACAGAGUCUUAGUGAAACGUGAUGAUGAGGUGCUUGUCUUAAAUCUGAAAGAACCAGUUACACAAUUACAGUGCACAAUCAGGCCGAACUUGGAAAUGUUAGGGUUUUUAGAGCCAUCAUUAUUACUGGCGUAUGAUACGUUUGAGAACCCGACUGACACAGCACUGACAGUGAUUGAUGUAUCGAAUUCUCGUGAAGUGGUAACGUGGCAAAAUGUGAACAUAGGGACUAGAUUUAAGGAUUAUUUCCAAAAUUUGGAGUACCCUUCUAAACUUGUUUUGAAACUCAAAGAAGAAUUCAGAAUACUAAGGUUUUAAAAAAUCUGUUCUUUUAUUUAAAAAUUGACUGAUAACUUGGGACAGCUUAUGUCGUGUGAAACCAAAACAUUUAUUAAUAUACCAAUGUGUUGUAUGUAGAAUCUUGGAGCAUUGGAAUCUAGUAUCACCUUUAUCUAGUGAUACUACAAUUAUCAAUGUGUUCUUGAUUAUCCUAAAAAUAAAGUUUACAGUAAGCCAUUUAACUGCAGUAAAAUAUUUUAUGUAUUUCGAUUCAGUAAAGUAAAACUUAUGUCAACAAAUUGAGUGUGUGCAGUUCAAAAUGUUAACACAGUAUCAUAGAUUAAAAUGUGUUUAGUAUU